GUGUUAUCUUUUAAUCGCAAUACGCAAGUGACGAUUCGUAUAAACAACGGACGCUCGGGUAUUCGACGCAUGUGAUUCUCUCUUGUGAAAUUCUUACACCAGUUCAAUAUUAUACUCGACAAUAUCCGUGCAACGAUUUUUACAAGUCCAAGCGCUUUGUCCGUUUUUCGUCCGACCGAGUCGUAUAUUGAUUGGCCCCGAUGGCGGACCCGGUACCGGCCAUGUUCGGAUUGUUGGUCAGCGGAAGACUGGUGAGGACUGACUUUGAACGCCUCGAAGAAACAAAAUUCAUGAUAACUAUCAAUUCAGCUGAAUCUGUGAAUUACAUUUGUGUGUUUUUGACUGGCCUCUUACCAUUCCCUGAGGGGACGGUUGGUGCAGUUUACUUCAGCUGGCCAGACGAACAGGCAAAACCAAAUUGGCAACUUUUAGGCAUUCUAUCCAACAACAAACCAUCUGCCAUUUUUAAACUUUCAAAUCUUAAACAGCAAUUUGACUCAUCGUGCCUUCCAAUAAAUGCAUUUAGUCAGUUUCCAUCAAUUACUGUUAAUGCUCAAAUUGGAAUUUCUAUUGAACCUGCCAUGAAUGCAGAAUUACAAGCACCUAUUACUGAAUCUUCACAAAAUGUUUCAACAUUUGUAGAGUUCACACAAAAAAUGGUACAAAAUUUAUAUAACUAUGUAUCUAGCUAUGCUGUUGAAAGGGGACCCACCCAAACUCCAAUGGUACCACUUUUAUCUGUUCAAAAAUGGUAUGAAAAUUUUGAGAGGAAGUUAAACUUAAAUCCAAAUUUUUGGAAGUCCUAAUAUUUGAUUAAAUAUUUUUUUUUUU